AUGAAUGUUUGUUUAGUGUCCUUACGGAAGUUUAUGCUGUUUCCUGUGGUGGGUUUGUUGGUGCUGCUGGCUGGCGAAUGUUGCUGCGUCAUGUCUCAGUGCGAUGCGCAGAAGAGCACCCUCACUCUGGUCUCCGGCAUCCUCUAUGUAGUUGGAGGUUUGUUCGUGUUGAUUGGAAUUGUGAUUUUCAUCGGGGCGGUGACGGAAGAGGCGGGCAACAGCAACAAGCCACGUGUCACAUCUGAGGACCAAUCACGUCUCUUGUACCAUUACGGCCCCUCCUUCAUCCUCACCAUCCUCUCAUUCAUCACCUCCGAAUUCACUGGCGUCCUCUCCGUCUACCUCUACAUC